CAGCACAAGACUCUGUGUGUGUCUGCAUGUUUAAAUACCCACGCAACAGAGAGAGGGCCUGUAAAUCAGCCCCAUCCCCGGCCGCGUGGGACAGUCCAUCUGAACAAUUAAAGCUGAGGCUCGUUGUUUGGAGUUUCACUUUGGAGGUGCUAACGAGCGCGCCGACUCGCCCGCCUGCCCCAGCCUGCUAAGCAGAGAGCUGCCUCCUGAGCGGGCCGCUGGAGGUGAUGGACUAUACCUAUGAUGAGGACCUGGAUGAGCUGUGUCCUGUCUGCGGGGACAAGGUCUCCGGGUACCACUACGGGCUGCUCACCUGUGAAAGCUGCAAGGGCUUUUUCAAGCGGACCGUGCAGAAUAACAAGCACUACACCUGCACCGAAAGCCAGAACUGCAAAAUCGACAAAACCCAGAGGAAGAGAUGUCCGUACUGUCGCUUUCAGAAGUGCUUGACGGUGGGAAUGAGACUAGAAGCUGUGCGAGCGGACCGGAUGCGAGGAGGAAGAAAUAAAUUCGGCCCCAUGUACAAGCGAGAUCGUGCCUUAAAACAGCAGAAGAAAGCUCUGAUACGCGCCAACGGCUUUAAGCUGGAGACUGUGCCUCAGAUCGUGUCGCCAGUGCAAACUGACUACAACCUGUCCUCCACCAUCCACGGCAUCCACUCGGUGUCCAAGAGCCUGCCUCCCAACCCGGCCACUAUGACGCCAGUCGACUAUGACAGAAGUCCGUAUGGGACGCCGUCCUUGGGAAUGACUGUGCCUAGCCACGGGGCGCUGUCCAGCUACCAUUACCCCUCCUUUCCCAACCGCACCAUCAAGUCAGAGUACCCCGACCACUACACAAAUUCCCACGAGUCUGUGGCCAGCUACAUGUAUCCAGAUGCCUAUCCCAACAGCGCCCCACCCGACAUCCCUGAGGUCAUUCUCAAGCUGCUGCAGCUGGAGCCCGACGAGCCCCAGGUCAAGGUGCGGAUACUGGCUUGUCUGCAACAGGAGCAGGGCAAAGGCCGGCAUGAGAAACUCAGCACCUUUGGCCUCAUGUGCAAGAUGGCAGACCAGACCCUCUUCUCCAUUGUGGAGUGGGCACGGAGCUGCAUCUUCUUUAAGGAGCUGGAGGUAGGUGAUCAGAUGAAACUGCUGCAGAACUGCUGGAGUGAGCUGCUGGUGUUUGACCAUAUCUACAGGCAGGUGCAGCACGGGAAGGAGCACAGCAUGCUGCUUGUGACGGGCCAGGAGGUGGAGAUGGCGACAAUCGCAGCUCAAGCAGGGUCCAACCUGAAUAACCUGGUCCUGAGGGCACAAGAACUGGUCCUACACUUGCAUUCGCUCCAGGUGGAUCGACAAGAGUUUGUGUGUUUGAAGUUCCUGAUACUCUUCAGUCUCGAUGUGAAAUAUUUGGAAAACCACAGCCUGGGGAAGGAUGCUCAGGAGAAAGCCAACGCAGCUCUGUUGGAGUACACCAUCUGCCACUACCCUCACGCCGUGGACAAGUUCCGUCAGCUCCUGCUGCGGCUGGCUGAGAUCCGCUCCCUCAGCAUGCAGGCCGAGGAGUACCUCUACCACAAGCACCUGAGCGGGGAGGUGCCUUGCAACAACCUGCUCAUUGAAAUGCUGCACGCCAAGCGGACUUGAGUGCGGCUCGUCCCGACAAGAGACUCGUAAUGGAGCUUCUCAGAGAUGUUCCCUGCUGGGAGCGUGCAAGAGAGGCAGAAGGAAGCUGGGGGGGUUGGCCUAGCAGCACUGCUGUCCAUCGCCGCCUCGCCCGGUGAUUAUAUUUAACCAGUACUAUUGGAAAGUUUCAGAUGAUUUAUUUUAAUAUACAGUAACUAUGGUUUAACAGCGCUAAGAUGAAUAUGUUCCAUUCUGUGUGGACUGCCCUUCUGGGAGCGUUGCCUGUCCUACAUUUGGCUUUCCCUUUCUACAUAGCAUCGAUUUGGCUUAACACAAAUUCCAGGGUGUGGAGGAUUAAACCUUAGAAAUGGCUUUUCUCUUA